AUGCCACAUGCUGCUGCUGCCACUCCAUCUAGCACAACACAAGUACCACCAGCACCUACAACAUCUGGGCAACAGCCACCAGCACCUACAACAGCGACGCCACAGCCAACAGCACCUACAACAGCUACGCCAGAGCCAACAGCACCUACAACAGCUACGCCACAGCAACCAGCACCUACAAAAGCUGGGCAACAGCCAACAGCACCUACAACAGCUACGCCACAGCCAACAGCACCUACAACAGCUACGCCACAGCCACCAGCACCUACAAAAGCUGUGCCACAGCCAACAGCACCUACAACAGCUACGCCACAGCCAACAGCACAUACAACAGCGACGCCACAGCCACAAGCACCUACAAGAGCUGUGCCACAGGCUGCUGCUACUCUUUGUAGCACAACAAAAUCUACUUUGUCAGCAUCAGCAUCCCCACCGCCCUUCACUGUCACAUCUAAAACAGAUACGGUAAUGUAUAAAAAGGAUGAUAUCUGGUUGGCUGCUGGGAUUUUGAUGCCACAUUUAACUACCCUCCAUGGCCAUGAAAUCCCCCCGAACCAUGUGUGUGUUCAGCUCACAUCAGUCAAGGAUAACGUGGAAGCCCCUCUUGUUUUAGGGAAUAGCAUGGAGAACAGAUAUUUGCAAAAGGGGAUGUUCUUUGCUCUACCAAAGGAUUCCUUGUGUAAAGCAGUAAUGGUAGGCCUGAACAGGUUAGCUUUACAGAAAUUGUGUUGAUGCACUAAACGUUUCUCCAGCAAAUCAUGGUGCCCCUGUAAGUUAUGACUUUGUUGGGUUUUAUUUGGCUGUAUAUCAAAUAAACCUCCAUACAUUACCUGGCUAUUUGAGCACUUACUCUCAAAUGAUGCUUUGCAAGUUUAGGAGCUACAUCGGCCAUCAUCCACGUGUUGCUGGAGAAACGUUUGCUAAAACAGGUGUUAGAUUUACCACUUGGCUUAAAUUGCACCCUAGUUCCUAAAGUUGUGUGAGGAACUUAACCAUUUCCGCAUAAAAAUAAUUUUAAAGCAGUUUUCCCCUAACCUUUUGCGCAAAAACUGGCUAUAAAAUCAUCUUGAGAAGGAAAUCGAGAAUUAUAUCCAGAUAGACAUAUUUAUUUCGCACUUCUAGCAAUGUUCAUAUAGUAUAUCGUUAUGUAUUUGAGGGAGCAGGGCCCCUGGAAUAACUAUUCAGCUAACGGAGCCAGGGCGCUCAAAGUUGGUGUUUCAUCUUCAUAUUUUUUAAAUAUUUAUUCAUCGGUGACUAGGGUGCAAUU